AUGGACCCAGAAUUUGAGUUUCAUAAAGAGGAAGUUGAUCUUGAUAAAUUGAUGGAUGCAGUAAAAGCUGUUACAGGUAAAGAAGAAGUUCAUCUUGAUAAGUUGGUGGGUGGAGUACAAGCAGUUACAGGAGAAAAGAUUGAUAGGCAGUCCGUACCGGAUUUUGUGAGCCACAUGGGUAUUGCACUAACAGACAGUGAACAGCAGCAGCUGCUAAGAACACUGCCAGUUGAUGGAGGAAAAGUCAAGAGAAGUAGAGUCAACAGUUUUCUAGAAAACGUGGGAGUAAGGCUCACAGAAAAGGAGCUUGAGAAGCUAAUGGAAGACCUACCAUUUAGUGGUUGGCUAAAGGUAUUGCCUGGGCAGAUGGUAUUAGAGUUCAGAAUAGAACUAGAAAGCCAGUUGAGGGCAGAGAUAGCUCCCAAAUAUGGGGAAAAUAAAGAGGAAGUUGAUCUUGAUAAGUUGAUGGAUGCAGUAAAAGCUGUUACAGGUAAAGAAGAAGUUCAUCUUGAUAAGUUGGUGGGUGGAGUACAAGCAGUUACAGGAGAAAAGAUUGAUAGGCAGUCCGUACCGGAUUUUGUGAGCCACAUGGGUAUUGCACUAACAGACAGUGAACAGCAGCAGCUGCUAAGAACACUGCCAGUUGAUGCUUCUGGGAAGACCAGCCAAACUUCACUCAGAGAAUCCAAGAAGUCAUUCAAAGGAGGAAAAGUCAAGAGAAGUAGAGUCAACAGUUUUCUAGAAAACGUGGGAGUAAAGCUCACAGAAAAGGAGCUUGAGAAGUUGAUAGAUGACCUACCAUUUAAUGAUAAAGAAGAAGUUGAUCUUGAUAAGCUGAUAGAUAGAGUACAAGCUGUUAAAGGAGGAAUGGUUAAUGCCAAUGACAUCAAUAUAUUUCUUGGAAACAUGGGAAUUAAUCUCACAGGAAAACAACUUGAAAAUCUGACAGAAAGCCUUCUAGUUAAUGGAGAGGAUAUUGAUAUACGUGACAUAGAAGAUGCUCUGGAAAACAUGGGAGUGAAACUUACAGACAAGGAACGCUUGGAGCUGUUUCAAAUGUCAUCAGCUAGUGGAGAGAAAUUUGAUGUCAAUAAACUGGAUACAGUCCUGGGAAACAUGAGGAUAAGUCUCACAGAAAAGGAACUUGGAGACUUGGCAGAUCACCUACCAGUUAAUGAUGAUGGGACAGUUGAUAUGAAAAAAGUGGUAGAUGAACUGAAAACUAUCACAGAAAGAAACAUUGACAGCAGCAGCCUGAAACCCCUUCUGGAAAAAAUGCAUAUAAAGCUCACUGAGAAAGAAUUUGGGCAGCUGACAGAAAACCUACCUGCUGAUGGAGGAAUUGUUAAUAUCAAUGAUGUGAAAACUGUUCUGGAAAACAUGGGGAUAGAGCCCAAAGAUAGUAUAUACUGGGAAAUGGUGAAAAAUCUACCCUUUGAUAGUGAGAAGAUUGAUUCUAAUGAUCUAAAAAAUCUGGCAAAUCUUGGAGUUGAACUCACAGAAAAGGAACAAGAGAUGCAGCUGCAAACACAGUCAACUAAGGAGGAGAAGAUUAAAAAGGAUGAUCUCUUUACUUGCUUUGAAAAAAUAGGACUCCAACUCACAGAAGAAGAACUUAAUGAACUGUCAGAAAAACUACGUAUGAAUGGUAAAGUUGACCUUCAAGAUCUAGAAACUCUCUUAAACAACAUAGGGAUCGAGCUCACUGAUCAACAGCUUGAACAUCUGACUGAAAACCUGCCCAUCAGUGGAGAAAAGAUUGGUUCUGACAACCUACAAAACAUCCUGCAAGAUAUGGGAAUUGAGCAUAUGGAUGAGGAGCAGAAGCGACUGCUGGAUAGGCUGCCUGUUGAUGGAGGGAAGCUUAAUACACAUGACCUAGAUACUAUUUUAGAUGCCAUGGAGGUUGAAUUUACAGAAGAAGAACGUGAUCUAAUAAAGAAUUAUCUAAGUGAUUCUGCAGAAAUUGAUCUGGAAAAUCUGAUGGAUAUAAUAGAAACUAUAAUGGGAAGAGAAAUAGAUGUCAACGACUUGGAAACCGUUCUAGGAAGCAUGGGAAUAGAGUUCACAGAUAAAGAAAAAGAACUCCCAGAAAUAGUGAGCAUUCUACCAGUCAAGAAUCAGAAGAUCUUUGAAAAAAACUUACUAGAUGGCAUAAAGUAUUUUAAAGGAGCAAAGAUUGACCCCAAGAAAAUGGAUACAGUUUUGAAAAAGAUGGGCAUAAACCUUACUGAAAAGGAGCUUAAAGAUGUAACACAAAACCUACCAGUUGGAGUUAAUGGUAAAGUUGGCAUGGCAAAGCUGAUGAAUGAAGUGAGAUCUUUUUCAGGAGACAAAAUUAAUAUCAGUGAACUUGAAGAUAUUUUGGAAAACUUAGGGGUUGAGCUCAUGCCUACUGAGCACUUCAACUUGAUAAAGACUCUGCCAAUUAAUGAUGAUGGAAAAGUCUAUCUGAAAAGGAUGCUGAAGGGCGUAAAGUCUCUGAAAGAAGGCAAUGUUGAUACCAGUAAGCUGGAUACUCUUUUGGAAAACAUGGGAAUCAACAUCACAGAAAGAGAAUUCAUGGACCUGAUGGAAAGACUGCCAGUGGAUGACAGAGGAGAGAUCAAACUAAAUACUGUGGUAGAAGAACUGAGUUCUGUUUUAGGAGAGCCAGUCGAUGCUAAUGACAUAUACCAUGCUCUGGAAGAUAUGCAAGUAGAGUUCACAAAUAAGGACUAUAUGAAUCUAGUCAAAACUCUGCCAGUUGAUGUGGAAGGAAAGGUGUAUCAAAAGUGGUUUCAGGAUGCUAUAAAAACUCUUAAAGGUGGAAAAGUUGAUAGGAAUAAUCUGAACAAAUUCCUGAAACAUAUGGGAGUUAUACUGUCACAGAAAGAGCUUGAAGAUUUUUUGCGAGAUCUACCCACUGAUGCUGAUGGGAAGGUCGAGCUGAAAAAUGUGACACAAAGAAUGAAAGAUUUUGUGGGAGAAAAGAUUCAUGUCAGUGACCUGAAAAAUGUUCUUAAAGACAUGGGGAUAGAAGUCAAUCAUAAGGAAUAUCUAGAAGUACUGAAGUCACUACCAGUUGAUGAUGAUGAGAAAAUUUUCCAGAAUAGGCUGCUAACAGCUCUGCGGUCUUUCAAAGGAGGAAAGAUUGAUGGCAAUAAACUGAAGACAGUUCUGGGGAAGAUGGCAAUUAAGCUAAAAAAUAAGGAACUUAAAGAUCUGGUACAAAAACUUCCUGUUGAUGCUGAUGGAAAUAUUCCUUUGAACAAAAUCAUGAGUCAUGUGAAAACUGUUCGAGGAAAAAAGUUUGAUGCCAAAGAUUUGAAAAAUACUCUGAAAAACAUUGGGAUAGAAUUCACACCUAAAGAAUUCUCAGAACUGGCAAAACAUCUGUACUUUGAUGAUGAUGGGAGCAUAUAUGAAAACAGACUGCUAGAUGGUGUGAGAUCUUUCAAAGGUGAGGAGCCUAGUGAGAAUUAA